UAUAUCGAGAAAGCAAAAGUCUAAAUAAAGUUCAUGAAACUUUAUUUGAGAUUGAUGAAAAUUUUAUAUUUGAAGAUUUACUUUUUCAAGCAGAUAAUGAUUAUGUUUCAGGAGAAUUAGUUCAUGUAGAAGUUCGAGUUAGAGGUGAAAAGACUUGGCAUUUUGUUGCCUCAGGUGUGACUUGUAGUUUAAGAAUAUGUACAAAAGAUGAGCAAAAUAUCUCUCAUAUCAAAUUUACAAUUAUUGAUGGGAAACAAAAUAUAGUUCAUAAUGUUGCUACAAAGACAAAUGCUUUUGAUCAUUUAAUGAAUGCUGCAAAAUUAAAAGCAUUACCUAAUCCUAAGACUGGAACUGAUCAAAAUGAUAAUUGUUAUAAUGAUAUUUUAAUGCUAUUACAUAACCAUAAUUUGGGAUGGGAACUUCCACCAUAUCAACAAAAUUCUUUUUACAAAAAUGGUUCUCAUCACAAAAUUCCAAAUCUUAAAAAAAAUGAAUUAGAACAAUAUGCAGAUAAUGUUGAAGAAAUGCUUUUAGAACCUUGGGCUGAAAACCUUCCUGGCUAA